AUGAGGAAGAGGGCCAGAGAAGAAACCAUGUCGAUGCGUACCCUGUACAACGGUGAGGUAGCUACAGAAGACCAGCCACAGCUGCUGCCAUCGUUCCCAUCCAUGAGCAGUGCCUUGUACCGACACAGGCGGAAGAAAAACCCAGCACUCCCACAGACAAGAGCUGAAGUCCAACUUGAAGGAAACUGGACUGAAACAACAGACAUCCGCCCAUUCCUGCUUUUCACUGAUUGCGAUGCCAACAAGAUUGUUGUAUUUUCUACCCAUGACCAACUCCAAGCUUUGCAGUCUGCAGACACUGUAUACAUGGACGGAACAUUUACAUCUUGCCCAGAUCUGUGGAACCAGGUAUACAUCAUAUAUGCAAGAAGUCGUUCCUGUAUGUGCCCACUUGUCUUCGCCCUCCUGCCUGACAGACAGACCACAACUUACACCAGACUGUUCAGCCGACUCAAAACAGAAGUCCUCAGUUCUCUCCCUUUUGAGGUUGAAGUUGGUCGCUACUCCCGUCCAAAGACACCACUACACCUCCGUUUAUGCGAUCUGGCGGAAGACACAGGAUCUUGGAUUAGCAGUACAGUACAAGGAAGAUCCUGGAUCAGAAGAGCUGCUGGACUUGCCCUCCUGCCCUUGCGUGAUGUCCAGGACACCUGGUUGGAUGCUAAGCAGGCAACUCCACCAGUUCUGAGAACUGAAGACUUCAAUGACUAUAUGGUCAUCACUAUAUGGUCAUCAAUUGACGAUGAUGCUCGGUUUCCAAUACCUCUCUUGAAUCACCACCAGACAGCCGGCCCUCGCACCAACAACAAUCUUGAGGGAUUCCACCAUGGCCUUAACAGAACCUUACCCCACCGCCACCCGAAUAUCUACCGAUUUGUAGAAGUGAUUAAGAAGAUUGAGUGUGCAGACAGGACAAAAACAGUUAGACUUUGGUGCCGCCCCACACAGCAGGAAGCGAGUUUACAGAGAGACUGA